AUGCUGGUGGCGUCGAAGAAGGAGGAAAUGCUACUCGGGGUUCAAUCCAGUGGCCAACUCCUGUCGCAGAAGGCACAGUCCGUCCGAAACAUCAUGCAACAUUUCGACAAGGAGGCACGCGAGGCACUCAUUGCCUACACCAUUGAGAUCGGGCACGAAAACACUGGCUGGUUCAAGUGCAAUGCGGGUCCUGUAUGGCAAGCUCGUGGCAAGGUCACCAAGGAGAGCAAUCGGCUGAUGGUCCAACACCAAGUGCAUUGCCAUCGCAAAAUCCUACCAUCUAUGCGCAGAAAGAUCGACAAAGCACAAAUGGAGGCCUCGGCUGAGGAGGCAGCCUUCGUGAUGUCUGUGAGGGAAGAGGUCCUGGCAUUGAUGCCGGUUUCCCCUGACUUGCUGGAGGAGAAGUGGGUUGGCAUGUUUAGGCAUGGGGAUCCCAGUGUGCUUCUCGAAGUGCAAUCAGCCAUCAUGAACCGGGACUGUACCAAUGUGCGGGAUAUCCCCUCAAUUGCUGCAGUGAUGAACACGCACAAUCAAAGUGCACCACUUCCGAGUGUGGCAGUGCAUGAGAUGUCGAAGUUGGAAGAAGAAACGUUCUCACUACGCAUGAAACAACUUCAGUACGAUGUGCAGGCAUGCCGAGUGGCCAAGGCCAAGAUGUCUUCCUAUGAACUCCAGGUGCAUCACACGAAGCUCCAAUACCGAGUCAAAGUGUAUGAGGAGUCAUUAAAGGCGGCUAGGGUUUUCAUCAACGACAAUUGCAAGGUGAUCACCUACACCCAAAGUGAUGACUUGCUCCGGUCAAUUCAGAGCUUCAUGAGUGACAAAACCGAGCGCUUGAAACUCGAUGCAUGCCUGGUUUUCCUCAAUUGGAGUGCUCCUUCGACACUGAAGGCCAACGCACGGGCCGCCCAAUCAUCUGGCGCCUCGUUCAUCUUGUCCCAAUCAGCCCGCAGUGUUGGUUUGCUCCUGGAGCCAGAGUUCACUUACAAGAAAGGGGAGUUGUGGAUGUUGGAGGGCAGCACCAUGAAACAGUUGGCUCACCAUGGAAUCUCGCUGGAUAAGAGUUUCUCUCUUCAGUUCAAAGAGAAGGUGGACCAACGUGACAACAUGCGACCACUGAACUACCGUGGCCGUUUCAUGGAAGGGCUGAGCGAAGAGCACCUGUUUGGUGGUGCCCGAAAAGUGGAGCAAAUUGGCCAGAACGCAUGUGAGAAACUCUUGUUGGGAAUGAUGACUGAUUUGCAGAUGACUGGGAGAUCAGGGGUGUUCAUCGUUGACUUGAACAUGUCAGUAGGAAACAUGUUCGAUGCUUUUGCGAAUCUGAAGUCUACAUGGAACAUGCCCGUCUUCUACAUUGGGUGCACUGAUGACUUUCAGACCGCGGAGUGGUUUGGCAUGCAGAAACCGGAAUUGCUUGGACGCCUUCACAUGGAGGGAAACAUAACCAUUCCUGGAUUCCCAAAGCCAGUGCUGGAAUGUCCCUCUGACAUUCUGGAGAAGGAACCAGAGCCUCCGCGCCUCAAUUUGAUGAUUCCACGAUCGGACUUCUACCCAAUGAUUCCACAGAACCUGCUGCAGGAGUAUGGCUCACACGAGCAGUUCGGGGACGAGUUCAAGAGUUUCUUGGACCAGCUGGUGGAGGAGUUCGGACCCAUCCCCCAAGAUUCUGACAAGGAGACUGGGAAGGAGGACAAGGAGAAUGGAAAGGACAAGGAGAAAGACGGGCAGAACAACAAGGAUGGUGAAAACCGAACUGUGCGCAAACGUAAAAAUGCUCAGAAUGGAAAUGAUGCUACGAAGAAACUCAAGGUAGAUACCAACAAGAUCAAAACCAUCGAGUCAGUAGGUGCAGGUGGUGCACUGUUGGAAACGCCUUUGAUCAAUGCCAAAAUCGAAGGUGUCCAACUUCAUCUGAAGCCCCAGAAUCGUCCCUAUUUGUUCAACACCGGAAAUCAGGAAGCCUCACUCAAGGCAGGACUGAUCCUUUGCGGAUAUGGAAAGGGCAAAUGGAGGCUCGCUGAUGCGCAAUCACAGGAGGCCAAUCCCCGGACAGAAGUGCUCUUCAACUUGACCGGCCCUGAUGAUUUCGUACUCUUCAACGGGCACCUGAAGACCGUGUUCGAGGUUGUUCAAGCCCAGAUGCAGAAGGUCCCCAAAGUCAAAGUUGCAUACCAUGUCAUGGCUGAGGACCCAGAUCAAAAGCGCCCGGGAAAUUUCAAUUUGAAGAGAUCCCAUGAUGUGUGGUGGGUACCCGUGAGUGGUGGUGUUGGGGUUGCCCAAGAAGAAGGUGGUGACGACGAAGGCAAUGGGUCUAGCAAUGGAACCGCUGGGCAGCAGAAUGCAGCCAAGUUGAUCCCAAACACGGUGUGGAACAGUCAUGCCACUAAGAUUGUAUUCUCAGUGAAAUGGGGUGUUUCUGGAUUGAUGCCCAUUCGGCCCCAAGUGGUGCUCAUCCGAGAAGUGAACUUGCCCCCAGCUCGGUGCUGUGAGUUGUUUUAG